GCGUUUUACACAGCUGAGGUUCGGCUUUAUUGGCAGAGGCAGCUCAUGCUUAUUCUGCAGUGAGGAGCGGAGUCGAUUUGCUGCCUUCGAUUCCUUUGUGUUGUCUCCUUGCAUUGUUUUCCUAUAAUUAUUAUAGUAGCAAAAUGCAUACGUUGUCAUCGCUCCAAGACUCCGAGAUGGAUCAAUCGAGCGGAGUUGACAUCUUUGAUAUUUGUGAAUCUAUUAUGGAAAGAAAACGUCAUGACAGUGAACAGUCUUCGUGCAGCGCCCUGGAGCAGAAUGAUAUUGAAGCAGUCGAAGCUCUUGUUUGCAUGAGUUCCUGGGGUCAAAGGACACAGCGAUCAGAUUCCAUAAAGAUGAGGCCCCUCACCCCAGCCUCAGAUUCAUGUGAUUCGGUACACCAUGCUGAAAGCCCCGUUGAGCUCCACAAGGACUUUGUCUCUUAUUCCUCACUGUCUAUGACCCCACCACACAGUCCUGAUUCAACAGAGACUUCAACCACAAGUGUCCUAGUAUCCUCACACAUGACUUACUCUAUCCCCAAAACAGUCAUGGCGAAUUCAGGGACUUGUGUCACCUUUCCAUCCAGCAACAGAGAUGUAUCUCUCAGUUUAAAGCCAGAAACAGUGGAUAUGAAAAUGCCUUUAAAUGAAAAGCCACCCUUGGAGAAGGCUGUGUUUCCUCCAUGUCGUGCCAUGGCAACAAGUGUGAUACGGCAUACUGCUGAUACCUACCCUUGCCAACAUGUUGCUUUUGCAGGGAGACCAAAGCAACGAGAGACUUGCCCUACAGGAAAAACUAAUCAGGACUUGUUCACAUUACCAGAUACCAAGAAUUUGGAGCUUUUAUCACAGUCAAGCAGCUGUAGUGCAAAUAAAGACACAUCAACAUGCCUGGCACCUAGCUCAAUGCUCGCCUCAGCAGUUCAAGAAAAUAAAACUGUGUCCAAUUCUGCAAUUCCUGCACCAGCAACCAGCCCACCAGUAAUUUGUCAAAUGAUUCCAAUGAAUGGACAGCCAGGAAUGAUAUCUGCUUUUAUACAGACUCCAAUUCAGACACAUUCAGCUGGGGUCAAACCUAUCUUACCUCAUACCACAAAUAUUACCCAACCAUUCCUCAUGGGAGCUUCUGUCCCACAGGGCACUGUUAUGCUAGUGCUGCCUCAGUCCCCAGUAGCACCAUCUCCCCAGUGCUCACAGACUGUGAUGACUUUGGGAAACACCAGACUUCUGCCUCUGGCGCCGGCACCUGUCUAUGUGUCCUCUGGACAGAACUGUACAUCACAAAUGGACUUCUCUCGAAGGCGGAAUUAUGUGUGCAACUUUCCAGGAUGCCGAAAAACAUACUUUAAAAGUUCACAUCUCAAAGCUCACCUUCGAACACAUACAGGGGAGAAGCCUUUCAGCUGUAACUGGGAUGGCUGUGAUAAGAAGUUUGCACGUUCAGAUGAGCUUUCACGUCAUCGCAGGACUCACACAGGGGAAAAGAAAUUUGCCUGCCCUGUUUGUGAUCGGCGCUUUAUGCGCAGUGAUCACCUUACCAAACAUGCCCGGCGACACAUGACCACAAAAAAGGUUCCUACUUGGCAAGCUGAAGUUGGGAAAUUAAAAAGAAUAACAACACUGAAAUCUCCAAAUUCAAAUGCAGUUCUUCCACUUGGAAUGCUUGUUCCCUCGUCGAACUAAUUCAUCCAGGUAAAUAACACUGGCGCCUCAGGAUUCAUUUUAAAGGAAUACAUAAGCUAUGAAGCUAAUAAAAAUGAGGCCUUGCACUGGACUUUUUUUAUAAAAAAAAAAAAAAAUUUUAUUUUGUUUUAAGUAAUCUUUGAAAGAUUUUAUGCACUGUUUUACCAAAGCCUUUGUAUGAAGUAUUUGUUUAUUUGUACGUGUAUGUGUUUAUGAAUGUCUGUAUGUUUGCAAGUUGUAUGCCUGUAUAAAUGUGUAUCUAUUACAUUUAUUACAAAUGUAUUUUAAAAUGAAUGUUAAAAUGUGAUGGAUUCUUAAGGUCUGUAAAUAAACAAUAUGUUUCACUGUGAUAA